CAUUCAUCUAUCGUCACAGUUCAGCACUUAAGGUCACAAUUUAGCCGUGUUUUUUCUGUGAUUUGUGAUGUCGACCACCGAGGGAGUUGAUAACGCCACCGUGGAGCAGCCAACAGAGGCAGUUGCAGCGGCGGAGGAGCCUGUGAAGGAGAAGAAGCGUAGGGCUCCCAAGGAGAAGAAACCUAAAAUUGCCAAGACUGCGUCUCAUCCUCCUUAUUUUCAGAUGAUUAAAGAGGCUCUGUUGGCGUUGAACGAGAAAGGAGGUUCGAGUCCGUACGCGAUCGCGAAAUACAUGGAAGAGAAGCACAAGGCGGUGCUUCCGGCGAAUUUCCGGAAGAUUUUGGGGCUCCAAUUGAAGAACUCCGCCGCAAGAGGGAAGCUAAUCAAGAUCAGAGCUUCAUACAAGUUAUCAGAAUCUGGUAAGAAAGAGAAAAUAACUGCAAAGCCUGUGAGCAAGAAGACCAAAUCAAUCAACCAAACAAGUGAUAAGGCGAAGAAGCCUGCAAAGAAGGUUGCGCCGCCGAGGAAGAGUAAGAGAUCAACUCCGGCGAAGCCGAAGCAGCCAAAGUCCAUAAAGUCCGGUGGGGCUAAGAAAGCCAAGAAGGCUACGGCCUAAUUGUAUAUAUAUCUAUAUAUAUGAAUAAAUAUGGUUAUGUAUGUGAAUAGAGUAACUCCCCUCUAUGUUAGUCUGUGUUUGCAGAUGUUUUGAGUAUAUAUGUUUUGUGUUCUGCAAAGCUAGGGUUAAUGAGAGUGAACUUUUGUAGUUUGGAUCA